GCGUGGCCUGAUGUGUCUGAUGAGGCCGCAGCUGGAGCGUGAUGUGAGGCAGAAACUGUGUGUUUCUCUUUCUCUUUCUCUUUGUGUGUUUAUCUUUCCACGGUGACAUUCCGGACUAAACCCCGCCACACACACACCCACACACACACACACCCACACACACACGUCCGGUUCCAGUCGGGUUCUUUAGUGUGCAUGCAGCAGAAUGGAGCAGGCGAGACGCCGAAUGGAGACGCAGGACAGCUCUCCUUCAGCACCGCCAGCUGCUCGGCUGCUUUGCUGCCUGCUGCCUCUUCAUCAUCAUCAUCAUCCUCAUCAUCAUCAUCAUCAACAUCAACAUCAUCCUCAUCAUCCUCAGCCUCAUCAUCAUCCUCAUCACGGCUGAGGAGGCUCACCCAGGAGGGCCGCGGAGUUCCUCCUCAGCCCACAGUCAUGGUCGUGUUCUCGGCUGCGAGGGACAGCGAGCCAGCAGGAGAUUCCGCCAUGUCCAGGUCCGAGGAGGAGAAACGCAAAGCAGCCGUUUGCACUCCGAGCAGAAGCUUAGCCAAACCCCUGCGCACCUUGAACGCACCCCAGGAGUUUCCCGAGGUGAUUCCUCUGAACGUAGGAGGGACGUACUUCACCACACGUCUGUCCACGUUGCGCCGGUACGAGGACACCAUGCUGGCCGCCAUGUUCAGCGGACGCCAUCACAUUCCCCGAGACGCUGAGGGACGAUACUUCAUCGACCGAGACGGAGCUUAUUUUGGGGACAUCCUGAACUUCCUGCGUGAGGGUGAGCUUCCUCAGAGGGACCGGGUUCGGGCCGUACACAGAGAGGCUCAGUAUUACUCCAUCGGGCCGCUGUUAGAGAGUCUGGAGGACAGACAGCCUCUGACCGGGGAGAAGGUUCGCCAGGCGUUCCUCGACCUCCUGCCUUAUUAUAAAGAGAAUCUGGAGCGCAUCGUGGAGAUAGCGAAGCUGCGAGCCAUGCAGAGGAAGGCUCGCUUCGCCAAGCUGAAGAUCUGCGUGUAUAAGGAGGAGAUGCCGAUCACGCCGUACGAGCGUCCGCUCUUCAACUCGCUGCGCUUCGAGCGCUCCGAGAGCGAGGCCAAGCUGUUCGAGCACCACUGCGAGGUGGACGUGUCGUUCGGGCCGUGGGAAGCCGUGGCCGACGUGUACGACCUGCUGCACUGCAUCGUGAGCGACCUGGCCGAGCGCGGCAUCACCGUCGACCAGCAGUGCAUCGGAGUGUGUGACAAACACCUCAUCAACCACUACUACUGCAAGAGGCCCAUCUACGAGUUCAAGAUCACCUGGUGGUGAAGGAACGGGUUCUGCUUCUGGUCAGAGAGCUUAGGACGGUGGUCCAGGUUCCUUCAGGAGAUUGGAAGCGGGUCGCGUCUGUAGCACUAAACCUAAACUAUUUACUCAUUUAAGAUCACAUAGUGGUGAAGGACUGGUACUGAAACAGGUCCAGGUUCUUUUAGGAGCCUUCAGUUACUGUUGCAGGUCCGGGUUCCUCUAAGAGCUUGCAUGAUGGCAGCAAACCUGACGCUGACGCUGACGCUAAUGCUAACGAUGUCGCUAAUCCAUCUGCGCUUAAGAUCACUUAGUGAACUACAUUUAUAGUUUAUAGAACGAGAAGGUUACAGUUCAAACCUUCAUCCAGAUGCAUUGAAGAUCUCUUGUUGAAGUGUGUGAGGAAUUCACGCAAGAACGUUCAGUUAGUCUGUAUCACUCAACGCUAAAUAUUUAUACUUAUCGGAACGGAUUCGGAUCUUCAGAGAGCUUUAAGAUCGCUUAAUGAUGAAGAGGACUUGAGGUUCUUUUAGGAGAACCUUCAGGAUCAGGAACGUUAAAGAUCAUAUCAUUAACCACUUCCACUAGUCCACUGCUAAGUCCCCUCGGUGGUGAAGGACAGGUUGUAGUUAUUAGAAUGUGUGUGUGAGGAUCUCGGGUGUGUGAGGAUCUCGGGUGUGUGAGGAUCUCGCAGGAAGGUUGGUGUCUUCAGCUUCGCUUGUUCUGGUUCUGGUUCUUGUCAGGAUCUUCUUCCCGAGCGGCGUUAGUCAUGAGCAAGUGCUGGUUCUGUGGAAGCUGUUUAGUUUGUAAGCGCCGGUGUCAUGUCCUCUGUGAGUGUUGUUCUGUCUCGCUGCAGUGUGUGUGUGUGUGUGUGUGUGUGUGUGUGUGUGGAACUCUCGACUCGUCAACUGGAAUCAUGCUGCGUUCUUUGUGCUUUUCAUCUCAACCUGUUGUCCAGAUAUUUGGACGAAUGCAAGACCACAUGCAGGCUGUUUCCUUAUUUCAUUGUAGGUGUUGUGAAGAAUUCAGUCUUUCUGAAGCAGUGAUAAAGAAACUCCAUCUUCAGAUAAGCUGCAGAAGUUUAUUAAUAACGUGUAGUUUCUCUCGCUCCGUGUGCAGCAGGCGACACUUUCUUCAGGUGUGUGAGGUGUAACAUGUUUCUGCUAAGUCUGCCUAACAUUCAUUUAACAAUAAACCGUAAGCUGUAGUGUGUGUGUGUGUGUGUGUGUGUGUGUGUGUGUGUGUGUGUUAAGCAACGCUGCACUGAACUGACUGUUAGUGUCUUUAUUGUCACUGAGACACGUUCCUCUUCCCUCUGUAGCGCUCAGCUCUGAUAUUUCAGGCUAAAGGAUCAGCUCAGCUGUAGCCGGAUGAUCUCGCUGUAACUAAUCCACGUUUUUUUGGUGUAUUUUUUAUUUCAGUGUGAGGGCUGUGAGGCUGCUGAAGCUGCAUGAGCUCUCAGGAUAAGCGGCGGCUUUGUUGUCUGUUUAACUCGAUGCAGUUUCCUCUGUAACUCUGCUGCACUUCAGUGUAAAUGAACCGAACCUCAUGUUUGUACUGCUUCAUUGUGCUGAUAAUAAACUCUGUAUAUUUUGCCA